UUUCCUAAAUUAUCGACACUUCUAAAAAUCUAUUGAAUGGUAGACAUUGCCCAAGCAUGUUUGGUUUAAUUCGUUUAAUUUGUUAUUACUGUACUCUUUACAUAUUGACUUUAAUGUGUUCACAUGUCACUCAUUUCUGUGCUCCAAGUUUAGUUUUUUAUUUGUAUUGAGACAUUGAAAUAUUUGAUUGUAUCGAUCGCAAGAGAAACAGUGUCAAAUGUAAUUGCUACAGUGUAAGAUUCAUUUGCAUUUGUGAGGUUAUACAUGAAAGUAAAGCCCAAGAAUUUAAUCAGAAUCCACUGAUACUCUGUUACGAAAAUUAAUUAUCAAAUUUUAAUAUUUUUUUCUGUGAAAUAAGUAUUAUUCAUCUUUCUUUAAAAUUAACAUGGCAAUGCAAGACGAAAAAGAAAAUAUAUUUUUAAUUGGGGAUACUCAUUCUCAGAUCGAUGGAAAUCAAUUACCAUCCAAUUUACAAGUUCUACAAUUUUUAUUUCAUAAUCUUCGAGUAUUAAACCAUAAUUUACGUGAUAGUAAAUAUUUAGUUUAUGAUGAAUUGAUAACUUUUUGGCAAAAAGUGAAAAUACCAACUCAGCAAAAAUGUCGAUGUAUUGCAAAAAUUGAACAAUUAUAUAAUGAUUGGCGCAGUUUGCAAAAAAGUUCUUCAGUAAAAGGAAUCACCCAAACAAAUAAAGAGGAAGCUUUUUCAUCAUCUCUUAAAAACUUAUUCGACAUUGCGCAUAAUGAUGCUUUAAAUAUGAUCGAUGUUAAGAUUAAAAAUUUUUUAUUAAAUCAACGUAAGCCUUGUCGUGUUGGAUACAUCGAUGAGGUUGAAGAUCCAAUUUCCGAAAGUUCUGAACCUAGUUCACAAAUUGAGUCAUCAGAAACAAACUCUUUCAGUCAACGAAGCCUUCAGAGAGAUCCCAGUUUUGUAUUGGAAUUAAAUGAAUCACCACCAUCGAAAAAACCUCGAGGAACAAUCGAUAUUUUUACUCCAAAACUAUGCACAAUGUUGGAUAAAUGUAAAAUCAGCGAUCGGAAUGCGACGGGUUUAUUGAUUAGUUUUCUUGAAGCUGUUGGGAUGGAUGCUAGCCAAUACAUUGUUAAUAGAACUUCAAUAAAACAGAAGCGUGAAAAGUUUCGAGAGGACAGAGCCGCGGAAAUUCAACAUAGAUUUAAAAAUACAGAACUCAGUAGAUUAAUUAUCCACUGGGACGGCAAACAUUUACCUGACAUCACUGGUAGAAACUUCAUAGAGCGUCUUCCCAUUAUAAUUUCUGCAGAAAAAGAAACUAAAAUACUAUCGAUACCCAAACUCGAAAAUUCCACCGGUCGCGCAAUGGCUGAUGCAGUUUUUGAUGCUCUGCAAGAAUACGGGAUUAGUGAAUUCGUAGUUGGUUUGUGCUGUGAUACUACAGCUUCAAAUACAGGACAAUUUAACGGUGCAGCAGUGUUGAUUGAACAAGCAUUGGAACGAGAUCUUCUUCUAUUACCAUGUCGACACCAUAUAUUGGAAGUUGUACUGAAAGCUGUAUUCGAUUGUCAAAUUUUCAAUUCUUCUGGACCGAAUGUGCCUUUAUUUGUAAGGUUCAGGAAAGAAUGGGAUGCAUUGGACCUUACAAAAUUUGAAUCUGGAAUAAACGAUCCGAUAAUCUAUAAUAUUCUCGAAAAUGAUAUUCUCGACAUCCGUGAAUUUGCAGAAACACAAUUGACUUUGAAUCACGACAGAGACGAUUAUUUAGAAUUAUUAAAGUUGACAUUGAUAUUCAUUGGAGUAGUACCCGAUAAUGUUGUGUUUCGUGUUCCUGGAGCUAUGCAUCAAGCAAG